AUGAAAGCAGCGUCGCUUGGCCAUCAAUAUUUAAAUGUUCAAUCGUUUAACGAAACUGAAAACUUUUUCAGUGCUGGACGAUUUCGUGCUGGUCGAAGAUACCAACGAGCGCGAUCCAAAGCGCAAAUCUAUGAUACUCCGAAAGAACCGUCGCUAUCCGCCUCCGAUCCACUUUCACGACGAUCUAUUCCAAGUAUCGAACAAUCUAAAGCGCCCUAUGGACGAAGUUAUAGUGCAUCGAAUAAUCUCUUUGUCGUCUAUGAACAGCAGCAACAAAAGCCAAUAUCGAGAAUCCAAUCUCAACAUUCCGAUGGAGAUCAUAAACCGUAUUCACUGAGAGCACUUAUCACUAAACGACACGGAAAUCAGGACGAAGAUGAUAAAUUGAGCAGUCGUGUGCGGCGUUUUUAUAAAAAACAAGAUCAUCUGAUUGAUUCAUUACAAAAAUUUCAUGAACAAACGUCGCUUGACUCUAAAAAAGAAGAUAACAAGUUGAAGAAACAAAAACGCCAUACUGAAUGGCUUAUUCGAGCAACAUUAAUAUGUAAUAUCUUAUUACUCGUUUCUAAAAUUGUUGCCGCUAUUUUCUCUCGAUCUCUUUCGAUUAUUUCUUCGGUAGUUGACUCAGCAGUUGAUUCCGCAUCAGCAUGUGUACUCUAUUGGGUCGUUCGAGCUGUCAAAAGACGUGAUCCUUACACAUAUCCAGGAGGACGAACUCGAUUGGAACCAGUUAUCAUUGUCAUUUUAUCUGUGGUAAUGGUUUCGGCAUCCGUUCAGGUCAUUUAUGAAUCUGUGGAAUCAUUGGUCAACGAUGUGCAUCAUUUUACAACGAAUCAAACUGAAUUGCGUGAUAUCGAUAUGGGACCAGCACCUAUCACUGUCAUGUGUAUAACUAUUGUUACUAAAGCUGUUCUCUCGUUUUUGUGCUAUCAAGUAGCCAAUCCAACAAUGUAUGCGGUAGCACAAGAUCAUCGCAAUGAUGUUUUUUCGAAUCUCAUUGCUCUUGCAUGCGGUAUUAUAGCGGCCAAGGCACUUGAUGGUUCGAUCAAAGAUCCAGAAGUAGUUGUCAUUGAUCCCAUCGGUGCGAUUAUCAUAUCUCUAUACAUAAUCUUUUGUUGGUUAAAACAACUUCGUGAACAAGUUCGAAAUCUGAGUGGUUACAAAGCAAAGCCUGAAUUUCUACAAAAGAUCACAUGGUUGACUCUACAUCAUUCUCCUCUAAUCCAGAAAAUAGAUACAGUUCGAGCAUUUCAUUUCGGCACAUCAUUUCUGGUCGAAGUGGAAGUUAUCCUUCCAGAAACUAUGUCGCUUAAAGAAGCACAUGAUAUUGGUGAUGGUUUACAAACUAAAUUGGAAAGCAUACCUGAAGUCGAAAGGGCAUUCGUUCAUUUGGACUAUGUUGUCGAAGCAUUGGAAUACUAA